CAUGCUGCGUCUCUACCCUCUCUAAUGACGUCCUUCUUCCUUUGAGCAGAAUCAUUUUCCAUUUACAAGAAGAGCCGCUCGGUUGUGUCGCGAUGCGCAGCGUUCAUUGUCUCUGGAUCAUUUGCCUCUACUUCCAAAUCUUCCAGCUUUCACAUGCACACGACAUUAACUGCAGUGUGACUCAGGAUGGUGGACGGACACUUUACGCUGUCCCGAGAAUGGAGGAGGCCAAAGACUGCCAUCACUCUUGGAUCAACGUGACCGGCCACGUGCUGGCGAACCACGACGGGCAGAUGGAUGAACUGGUGGAGAUGAAUACCAACUACAGCCUUCGUACCACAGAGUGCUUUCCUGUUGUCCGAUACGAGCAGAACGGCCUCUCUGAGGACAGUCUACACGAGGCCACCUGUAACACCAGCUGCACUGCAAAGACCAAUCCUGACAGAGAGGAAGCGAAUACUCGCCUCUACUGGAUGACCGCAGUUUCCAUUAUCACCAUUCUUGCUGUUUAUGAUAUAACACGCGUGUCUGUGGGCGGCUGUGGUCACGCAUGGUGGCCCGCGGCUGCAGUGAAGGCUCCCGGCCCGGCGGACCUGCCUGGACUCCGGCUCGCCACAGCUGGCGGGAGGGAGGUCACACCUUCCCGAAAGGGACAGCUUCCCCCAGGAGAGAAGCAGCAAGACGACCAGCCAUCAGGACAGACCGGGCUUACGCCAGCACUGCACCAGAGUCCCACUGCUGAGAAGACUCUGCAACCCAAAAACAGCCUGACAGACAACUGA